GUCGCGCGUGCGCAGUGACGUUCCUACAUGGCUGCGGAAAUGGGCGAUUGUCGUACUCUGUGUCCCGCCCCUAGUGACAGGUUCGACUCUGUGAUUGCCGAGAGCCAGGGAACCCGGAAGUAGUUGCCGUUUUGUGACACACGUGUGUAGUAACCAGGGAAGGAAAAUGAAGCUGCUAACGCACAACAUGCUGCGGAGCCACGUUACCGGCGUGACCCGGGGCUUCCCGCUUAUUGUCCGGGCAGAUGAAGUGAAACUCCAUUCUGUGGACUUCAACCGAGAGUUUGUAGCUCGUAUGAUUCCUAAACUGGAGUGGGAGGCAUUUGUUGAAACCGCAGAGAGUCUAGGCCACGGUUCUGGUCUCCCCCGAGAACUUCUAUCUGGAUAUGAAAAUGAUGAAGACUUCCUGAAGAAAGUUCAUCAUGUACUACUGGAGGUUGAAGUCAUUGAAGGUGCUCUGAAGUGCCCAGAAUCUGGCACAGAAUUUCCCAUCACACGAGGAAUUCCCAAUAUGCUCAUUAACGAAGAGGAGGCCUAACAAGCGCUUCCUCUCCCUGGCCUGUAAAUAUUUAACCUUUUCUGUUCUGCGUGUUCUCAAUAAAUGCUGUUUUCCUGGA